UUUGUAGGAAGCUCACCCAUUCCACGUUCAUCCAGUGUGGACUCGGGCAGACAACCAUACCUACGCUAUCCAUCAUGGCCAGCCGAGCAGGCUCAGGGGAAAUUCACACGAUCAACCUCCAACAUUUCUAACAAGUCUUCUCAAAGUGAACCACCUCCCAGCUCUACUGAGUCGAGGGUUAAGCGACACUCUAUGGAUUUUCACCCAGAAGUGGAUGUACACGAUGGUGAUGAUGGUGGAAUUGUCUUAGACAUAAAUCUCAAAAGAAACUUUAGAGUUUCAAGUGAGAUAGAAGAUUUAAAACCUUUAGACAGAAGGAAGCAAGCUAUAUUAAGGCUUGAAGAAAGAAGGUUGUUGCGACUUAGAGAUGCUGGGGUGAUAGGAGUGGUAACUAGUCGAAAAAUAGAACCAGAUUAUCGCAUUAGUGUUAGGCGCGUCAACUUCAGGUGGCAAAGAGGACUUAAGAUUGGUGAAGGACAAUUUGGUAAAGUUUAUUCAGCUGUUAAUAUGGACAAUGGAGAAUUGAUGGCCAUGAAAGAGAUGAAGUUUCAAGCCAAUGACCAUCAAGCUCUGAAAGAAUUAGCAGAUGAAAUAAUUUUGUUUGAAGGCAUACAACACCCAAAUCUUGUGAAAUAUUAUGGAGUUGAAGUUCACAGGGAUGAAAUGUUGGUGUUCAUGGAAUACUGUGAUCGUGGGACACUGGAAGAGGCAGCCAAAAUGGGACUUCCUGAACACAACAUUAGAGUAUACACCAGAGAAAUUCUGCUAGCUAUCAACCAUUUACAUGAAAAUAACAUAUUACACAGAGAUAUAAAGGGUGCCAACAUAUUUUUGACUUCCAGUGGGUGUUUAAAACUUGGAGAUUUUGGAUGCUCAGAAAAACUUAAAAGCCAUGCAACUCUGCCAGGCGAGUUCAACAGCCUUGUAGGAACUAUGGGUAAUUUAAUGAUGAGAGAAGUCACCACUCACAGAUGA